UUUUUGCUUUUCCUAAUUUCAGGUUGGAUGCCGAACAAGUCCUUAGCCGUGUCAGUUGACCUGACAUUAUACUCGGUAUCUUGUCCGGGUGUGAUUUUGAAAGAUCGGGAGGAUAUCUUCGUAGACAUUUGUGUCUUUGGCCUGCAUAAACAAUCCAUUCCAGUCCCUGCAAUAUUCCCACUGUACUUCAACGAACGCUUCAAAUUCAGAAAGGUCUUCUACAAUUGCGUUAAUCCCCUGGAGUUGCACGAGUCUUUAAGCAAUGAGACUGUGACGAUAGAAGUGAUCCAAAAGAGCCGCUUCAUCCAUGCUGGAGUGGUGCUGGCCAAUCUCGAGAUGAGAGCUAAAGACUUCCUCUUCCCCUACCCCUCUCAAGUACCAGUCUACUCUGGCGCGGACAGAGAGCUACUACUCACCAAAACACUACAUUUCAGCGGAAUAUCUCCGAAGGUGGAGUUCGCCUCGGUGACGGCUGUGAACGAAGUGCACACGACCGCAUCUGACGAACUGAACGACAAGAUACACAUGAUCAACAGGGAAGGAACAACCGGCGGAAGUGAAAACAGAAACAGGUCUCCGUCGCCCUCUCGUGGCCUGAGUCGCUCCAAAUCGAUGACUAAUCUGAAGGCCAAUGGACUCUGUCACAAACCACCAUUUGUUGUCAGGAAGGUUGACAAGGAUAUUUUGAAGACUAGUGAGCCGAUGGCGGCAACCGAGGCACUCGUCAGGCCCAGCAGGUCCACGAAGAAGAGGAAGGGGACCAAAGGGAAGAGAGCCAAGUCCAGUCAAGGGGUUAGGGGAUUUGGAGGGGGGAGUAAAAGUUACAUGGUGGAGAAACACUUCGGACCAAAUGCUGCUGAUGCUUACAAUGACUACGAUGAUGAUGAAUACGAUGUGGGAAGCAAGUACCGUGACAAUGGGGUCAAGGUCGUCAAUUUCUCUGAUGAAGACGACUAUAGUGACAACGAGGCACUAGAGCUGAAGCCAUCGAGACCCUACUCUUCAGCGCCAUUGAAGAAAAGCUACGACGAUCUUAGAGCGGAACGGUACCUGAAAUACGACCUUCUGCCCCCUCCCCCCACCACGCCCUAUUACACUAGUGUGUAUUCUGACGUCAUCCUGGAGCGACUGGACAGGAAAAGGAUGUUGGAGGAACUUGAGAGGGAAGCGAGAAUUUCCCGACUGCAUAGCCCUUACGUGAGCGGAAGUGAAAAAUACGCCGAGAAGUAUGAACAAGAACUCUACUGGGCACGAAAACGACGAGAACUGGAACGAAGUCUGGACCGACUCUACGACAGGCUCUACCGACUGUAAUGACAUCAUAACUAUCAUCAUUAUGUAACUCAAAAUACUAAUGCUCAGGAUCAUGUUGCUUCAUACACUCGAUGUUACGCAAUGAGACAAGAAGUUACGUAACGUCGCUUAUCAACAAUCUGGAUGAAAAGAAUCAUAAACAGCUUUUACUUGUCAAAAAUGUUCAAGUAUAACAAACCAAUUUGUGUCUUUGAGAGAGAGCUAAAUGACUUUAAAUGUGAAUUCUGUGCGAAGUUUUGUGUACGUUUUUACUCUUGUUUUUACUGAAAGUAUUUACCAUGCUUUAACUAAUAAGUAGUAAUAAUUUGUUAAUGAACGAGCUGCAGCAAUAUAAACUACAA